AUGCAAGGCCAAAAGGAGAAAGGCAAAUCCAAGCACCGUGGCGGCCUAUGUAGUGGCGCCCCACCGCCGUGCACCGCGUGUGUCGCCGCGAACACGGACUGCGUUUUCCGGGAAGAUCUCGAUGGGAGACGCAAGGAGGCCAUCAAGCGGAAGGCGGAGGAUGCCGAGCACCAUCGCGACCUCUUGGGGGGACUGCUCAGGUCCAUCCGAUGGAGCGAAGAGAGCGACGCUCAGCAAAUCUUCCGUCUCAUCCGCGACGACGCUCCGCUGGCCGCAAUUAAUGCCUCCAUUGAUGCGGAAGUGAGGAAGCUUCGCGGAUACAGCCCGGGAACGGAUGCCACGAUCGAUGGGCUCCUCCAGCUGAGAUCCGAGGCGGCAAAUCUCCAGGAGCAGACACCGCUGGCGAGAGCCCGGGGGAAGACGAUGAGCGUAGAGCAGAUGUCGGACGAGCCCUUGUUCCGGUUGACGGCAAAACCGUGGACGACAGUCACAGACGACGAUUAUCUUGUCUCGCAUCUGACCUCCCUCUAUUUCACUUGGUGGAACACCUUCAUGCACCCUCUGCACGAACCGGCCCUCAUUGAAGCCAUGGAGAAAGGCGAUUCCAGUAGUCUACUCUGCUCACCUUUUCUGGUCAACGCCAUGCUUGCUCUCGCUUGCGGCUACUCGGAUUUGGCUGGCGCCUUCGCUGACCCUGACGACCCAGAGACCUGGGGAGAGCACUUUUAUGAUGAAGCAAAGCGUCUCUGGGAUCGCGAGGAGGGACGUGCUUCGCUGAUCAACCUCCAAGGUCUCUACUUACUUUUGCUCUAUUGCAAUAUGCAUGGCAAAGAUCAGCUGGGGUGGUCGACGCUUUCGAUCAUGGUUCAGAUGUAUCAAGACCUUGGUCUCUCCCGUCAGACCAAGAUCCCACGAGACUGUCCGCCAGAAGCAGUGGAUAAGUUGCGCGCGGCCAUGUUGAAUGCAUCUUGGUCGGUCUUCGUCUGCAACACGAUGUUUGCAAUGUUCCUCCUCAAAAAGCCUACGCUGCAGCCGCCGACGGUCAGGCGACCAUAUGCUGGAGAAGAGCUCAACCCGUCUGUACAGUGGAGACCAUAUCCUCGGUUAGAAAAGGUAGAGCCGCUUUACGGCAACGCUCUCUUCAACGCUUACUGUGACUUUGCUGAGAUAGCAUACGAGGUAGCAUUGAGUGUGCCGUUCACACAGAACGAAGAUAAGAAUGCGCCAGUGCAGUUGCUGCGCCGGCUACAGGCCUGGCACGAUGCGUUGCCAGAGAAUCUGCGAGUGUAUCCGCACGCCCCUGGGCCACUAUUCGAGCUGCACGCGCUAUACUACUGGUGUGCUCUUACCUUGAGUGAGGUGUCGGACAGAGAGCCAUCGCGGGAAACGACACCCACUCCAGCGUCCCCAACAUCGGCAAUGGCCAUUGGUUUGACUGUUCGCAGCAGUUCCUUGCUCUUGAUCCGUGAAAUGAUGCCCAUGUAUCGGCAGUAUCGACAGGCGUACGGCCUCGUUCGUGUCAUGGCAGGCAGUUGCCAGACGGCGGCUGUGGCGUAUUUCAUUCUUCUCAAGGCUCUGCGCGCCCCUGCGUGGCAAUCCGAAGAAAAUGAAGAAGCCCUCAUCGAUUUGACGGCGUAUCUCAUGAUGGGCGCACGGCGGUGGCUCGUUUAUGCCGGGAUCAUCCGAAUGGUGCGCCCGACGGCGCAGUCAAUAGGCGUUCAGCUCCCCCAGAAGCUGGUGAAAAUGCUCGACGAGUUCGACAAAACCGUUUGGACGGUGAAGGCACACCGGCGGAUCAAGAGCGUAUACCCGAACCUCGCACUCAUGAAGAAGGACGCAUUGGAGGACGGGGAGGUGACCAUGGGCGAGUUGUUGACAAAGUGGGAAGCGCUCUCAGCAGAAGACGGAAGCGAAAAUUGA